UAGCUCAAAGACUGGAUGUGAAAAUCAACACAAGAGGGAGUGUGAAGGAAACUAAAGGGAGACGAGCAUCUUGAAAUUCAUCAUCCUUAAUCUGUUUGGAUUGUACCUCCGUUGCUUUUUAGGAGAUUUACGCACGACGGAACGGGGACGCCGAAGCUGUAUUGAGUGCAUGUUUCUGUGUCUGAGCGGAGUGUAAGUGAAAGCCAAGUGAAUGUAUAGCAUGAUGAUGGAGACGGACUUACAUUCUCCUGUGCCCCAGACCAACACGAACACGGGCCACACGGGACCCAACAACGGGAGCAAAGUUAACCAAGACCGCGUAAAGAGACCCAUGAACGCAUUUAUGGUCUGGUCCCGGGGUCAGCGGAGAAAGAUGGCUCAGGAGAACCCCAAAAUGCACAAUUCGGAGAUCAGCAAGCGCCUCGGAGCGGAGUGGAAAGUUAUGUCCGAGGCGGAAAAGCGACCCUUCAUUGAUGAGGCGAAAAGAUUGCGUGCCAUGCAUAUGAAGGAGCACCCGGAUUACAAGUACCGACCCAGAAGAAAGACCAAGACGCUGCUCAAAAAAGACAAAUACUCGUUGGCCGGUGGCUUGCUCACUGGAUCUGGUGGCGGAGGCGGCGUGGGUCUGGGAAUGGGUGCAGUAGGGGUCGGGCAGAGGUUAGAGAGUCCAGUGGGUCAUGGUGGUAGCGCCGCGGCGAGCUACGCGCACAUGAACGGAUGGACCAACGGUGCGUAUUCGGGCCAGGUGGCGGCAGCCGCGGCGGCCGCUGCGAUGAUGCAGGAGGCUCAGCUCGCCUACGGUCAGCACCCGGGCAGCGGUGCGCAUCACCACCACGGGCACCACCACCACCACCACCCACACAACCCGCAGCAUAUGCACCGCUAUGAAAUGACUGCUCUCCAGUACAGCCCCAUCUCAAACUCUCAGAGUUACAUGAGCGCAUCGCCGUCGGGAUAUGGGGGGAUAUCCUACACGCAACACCAAAACUCCAGCGUGGCUUCGUCGGGGGCCAUCGGCACACUGGGAUCUCUGGUGAAAUCGGAACCGAGCGUGAGCCCUCCUGUUACAACUCACUCUAGAGUGCCUUGUUCCGGAGAUUUGCGAGAGAUGAUAAGCAUGUACUUACCGACGGCGGAGACAGGUGACCCGUCCGUUCAGAGCAGACUUCACGCUGUGCCACAGCACUAUCAAAGUUCCACGACAGGCGUGAACGGAACAGUUCCACUGACGCACAUGUGAAACGAUACGAAACUCAGACUUAAAUAACCAAAUAUGUACCUCUUUUAGAGCAUCACUACCUUUUUUGUACAGAAUGUUUGCUCUUGUUAAUUUGAAGGUGAUCUUAUUUAAAUAUAAAACUAAAAGACUGAAGAGUGUCGUUGGGAUGUCGUCUGAAAAACGUAUUUCAACAAUAUGACAUGGGUGAGAUUUCAACGUUUGCUAAACGCGAGUGUUUGAUUCAGAUUUAUUUGGUGUGCAAGUUUAAAAAAGGAAAGUGGGUGAUACGGUGUAUUGUUUUUAAAGUUUUCUAUUUUAAGGGUUUUCUCUAUCCCACUUUGAUUCGUCAACACGUGAGUUGCUGUAUUUGAUUCCAUAUUUGUUUGUUGUAUUUUUUCUUGUACAUUGUGAAAAUAUUACAUAGAAAAUGUAAAUAUAAUUUGGUUUCGCAAGCAAACAAGGAAACGUUUUGCAUUGAUGUGAGAAGAAUAAAUUUCACAGCUUCGGCUCCG